UAAAAAAAGUUUUAUCCAAGGAAGAGAGUGCAUGAGUGGUACCUUCACUAUCUACAAUCUAAAAUGGUGAAUUCUAAGUGGUCUCAAAUUUUGUUCAAAGACAUCAUAACAUUGGCAGCCCUUUUCCUAUGCAACAUCAUAUUAGCCUUUACAACUGACCACCAACAAGAGCAAGACAGGAUUGGAACAGCACUCCCAGGUCAAAACUUCAACAUCAACUUUGAACACUAUUCUGGUUAUAUUACAGUUAACAAGGAUGUUGGUAGGACACUAUUUUACUGGUUCAUUGAAGCAGAUCAUAUAGAUCCUACUUCAAAACCUCUUCUUUUAUGGUUCAAUGGUGGUCCUGGUUGUUCAUCUAUUGCUUAUGGUGAGGCUGAGGAAAUUGGUCCUUUUCAUAUUAAUUCAGAUGGCAAUACCCUUCAUCUUAAUCCUUAUUCAUGGAAUCAAGUUGCCAACAUUCUUCUUAUUGAUUCUCCUGUUGGAGUUGGAUUUUCAUAUUCAAAUGCUUCUUCUGAUAUUCUCAACAAUGGAGAUAAGAGGACAACUGAGGACUCUCUCAUAUUUCUCUUGAAGUGGUUUGAGCGUUUUCCUCGGUAUAAAGAAACAGACUUUUUCAUUAGUGGUGAGAGCUAUGCAGGACAUUAUGUUCCCCAACUUAGCCAAGUUAUUGUCAAGCACAACUCAGCUACAAAACAAAAUUCUAUAAAUCUCAAAGGUUACAUGGUAGGAAAUGCUCUAACAGAUGAUUUCCAUGAUCAAUUGGGAAUGUUCCAGUUUAUGUGGACAAAUGGUAUGAUUUCAGAUCAAACAUUCAAGCUCUUGAACCUGCGAUGUGAUUUUCAGUCGGUCAAACACCCGUCAGAGUCAUGUGAAAAAAUCUGGGAAAUUGCUGAAAAGGAACUUGGUAAUAUAGAUCCAUACAGUAUCUUUGCCACUCCUUGCCAUGCUAAUGAUAAUCAGAUGGUUAAAGGAAAGCAUCGUGUUGGAAAUCUCAGAACUGUAUAUGAUCCUUGCACCUCCAAGCACAGCACUACAUACUUCAAUCUACCAGAGGUCCAAAGGAUUCUACAUGUUCAUCCAGAUCAUAGGCCUGCUAAAUGGCAGACCUGCAGUGUUGUGGUAGCUAUUAACUGGAAGGAUUCUCCUAGAACAGUGCUCAAUAUAUACCGAGAACUUAUUCCUACCGGACUGCGAAUAUGGAUGUUCAGUGGUAAUACAGAUGCUGUACUCCCGGUAACAUCUACUCGCUAUUCCAUAGAUGCUCUCAAGCUUCCAACUGUGAGCCCCUGGCGUGCAUGGUAUGAUGAUGGGGAGGUAGCAGGGUGGACUCAAGAAUAUGCCGGACUCACGUUUGUAAAUGUAAGGGGUGCAGGGCACGAAGUUCCUCUGCAUAGACCAAAACUUGCUCUAGCAUUGUUCAAAUCCUUCUUGGCAGGAACCUCGAUGCAAACGCUUGAACCACCUACCCUCAGAACCGCCUCUUGAUAUGAUUCAUUCAAGUUUAGGGUUGUUACAUUGCAGUUUGUGUUUGGUUUCCAUGGAAUAUUCUUGAAUAAUAUUUUUGUAGCAAUGCUAUGGAGCACAAUUUAGGGAUAUCCACGAGCGCGAUAUGUCUAGUUUUUAAGAAACACGAAGUGGUCAUCAUGUAGUAUAAAAUAGUCAAUCAAAAUGUUUUAGUUAA